AUGCCCAAGCUGCUGUCCCCGGCCCGAGCGGCCGUUUGGUUUAUCACCGUUCUGCAACUCCUGCUAUCCUUUUGGUCCUCGUCCUACAGCAACGGCAACUUGCAUCACGAUUCUUACGGCAUCCACCAUCAACACCAACGAGAUACUGAUACGCGAUUGACGAAACAUUCAGCGCCAGCAGGACUGGGCUUCAUGAUGGCAGAAGCCCAUCCAUUCCCACACAAGUGUGUCAACAGCACAACCGAGGCCACCCGGUCAUUCGUCGAGUCCCUGUUCACAGCUGUCGCGCUGGACAAUUUCGGAACAUCUUUCGCCGCUGCCCUGUCCGACGACCUGGUGUGGACGGUUACCGGAAGCAGUCCGAUCGCGGGCACAUACAAUGGCAAACAGGUCUACAUUGACAAAGUGCUCACACCCUUGCGAGACGUGCUGGUGACCCUCCCCGUGCCGAUUGUCGAGCACAUCUUUGCCGACGGCGACUGGGCGACGGUGAACUGGCGGAGUCAGGGCGUAGUGGGCAAGAACGGUGCAAACUACGACAUGCAGUAUGCGUGGCUGAUGAGGACAGAGCUGGACGACACGGGCGCCCGGAAGAUUGUCGAAGUCAUUGGGUUCUACGACAGCGUCAAAGUCACGGCUGUUUUUGCGGGCUAUGUCUUCAACACCACCAAAGUCUGA